AUGUCCAGUACGAAUGAUGACAAAACAGAAGACCGACCACGUUGGCUCAUCAACAUUGAGAACAGCAUAAAAGAAGAACUCGAAGAGUUCCCUUCGGAGCCACGAUGCUAUGAAAUAGUUCGUGAUUUGUUAUUGGCUCCGAAAGAUAAUGAACAGGCAGUCCCGGAUGCUGUGGACAGAUUCUAUCAGCUGUGCGCUGAUGGAGCCGAGACUGAGCAAAGAGAGCCGCCUGAGUUUGGAGCUGCGUUCAAACUUAACAGUAUUGCGGGCGUCGUGUUUGAAGUUGUACGAGAUGUGUUUUAUACAACUCUUGAGCAUGAUAGGCUUACCGAGCUUUUGAUUGGCAUCAAGAAGGGCGCUGCAGCUGAGUAUGAUGCAGAGAACCCUCGGUUCGUUUAUCAUGAUUGGGGACUAGAAACGAUUGCAAACGGGAGCUGGAAUGCCAGCCACGUCGAUGCCUCCACCGCGAAUCUCGCGACAGAUCCAGAACAGGUCUGGACAGAAGCAUGGAUCAACACAUCCGCUCUCAUCUCAAAGCUCUACAAAGAAGGCCUUCUAGAUACAGAAGGGCUCAUAUGGCUGACGUGGGACUUUGUGAUGGCAUUUGAGAAACUGACAAAAGGCGACGUUGCUUCAGAUGCAGGUCGCCAAGCUCAAGUUCUAGCUCCAAUUAACCACAUACUUCUCGCGGGAGAGCCAUUUGCAGAUGAAGCGAAGGUAGCCGCUGAUGGACGAAUUUUGGAGCUCAAUGCGGCAAAGUGGAAGCUUUGGGCUUCCAAGAUAAAGGAGAUUGCUGAUGCUGUGGAUGAUGGUGCGAGAUGGGAUCUCAAGUCGCAGGCUCAGAAGGCAUUUGAGAAGAUGGUCACACUCUAUCCUGAAGCAUUCGAGUGA